AUGGAAGAAGGGAAGAUUGCUGCGAUACGCGACUGGGCAGUGCCAAAAUCAGUCUCAGAGUUACGCUCCUUCCUCGGGCUGGCGAAUUACUAUUGUCGAUUUGUGGAGGGAUUCUCCAAACGAGCAAGCCCGCUGACUGAACUACUAAAAAAAGACGUUCACUGGAGUUGGGACCCCGAGUGCCAAGCCGCCUUCGACGGCCUAAAACAAGCCAUGAUGGAGGGGCCACUUCUGGGGAUUACGGAUGUGACCAAACCUUUCGAAGUCGAGACAGAUGCGUCAGAUUAUGCGUUGGGGGGGUCGAGCAACCAGGCUGCUGAUGCCCUAAGUCGAAAACAAGAACAUGCAGCCAUAUGCCUGUUAGCUGACCUCUGGGGGAGCGAGAUUGGUGGGUCGGUUAGAGACACCUUGAGAGAGUUCCUACAGAAAGUUCAUGCCGCUCAGAAUGUCAUGAAUUUAGUGAAGGCGGGAAAAACACGAUAG